AUGUAUCUUGAAAGGAAAGACUCUUUCCCGUUAGAUUGCUCUUGGGAUUCGGAGAGGCUGAGAAGAAGGCACGAAGCUCCUGAACUUGUGCCUACAACAGACCAGGGAUCGGUGACUCGAGAUUUCCCUCAACAGCAUCAACUUGAGGAUCUAGAUGAGAUUACUUGUUGGAGUUGCAACGACGAUGCCGUGAUAACGUUCUACUCUUUCAGGUUUGUCUUGAGUACGGGUCAACCACCCUAUAAGCUCAUAGAAUGUGGAUUUGAAGUGUCCCGGCUUUUCGUAGUGGGUGCAGAAUGGUCAACCCUCAAGAGUGCGCUCAUCAGGAUGAGUUUUCUCCCCCUUGCCCUGAAAGGCAACAACUUAGGUACGAGGACGGAGAUCAGCGGAGAGAUUGCACUACAACUCGCCGUUGGCGACCGCAUGAUAGGCUUCUCCCAAUGA